AUGCUCAAAGCCAAGGACAGGCUGCCCUCCCAGGCUGCCCUGCCGCCAGGGAGCGUCCGCCUCCCAGCAGCAGGUGAGACGCGGCCAAGGUGCCCCGCAUUUGGAGCACCUCCCAAGGCCAGGGCGAGGCCACCCGCGCCUUCAUUUAACUCUGCGGAAGGUCACCCCAGCACCGCCCGCCUCUACGCGGCACGUGCGGCUAGGCAUCGCCAUGGCAACCUCCUUUUCCGCCCCCUCUCUCGUUAUGGAACAGCUGAGACGCAGAGCGUCUCUGAACUUGUUACUGCGCAAGUUAAAGCACUCUCCGAGGGCUUAGUUUCCUAA